GGUCCUUCGUACGUUCCGACACUUGUUGAGUUGGCGGCACUGCAGACGAAGUGAAAGUUUCGCUCGAGUUACUUCCUUGGCACAAGUUGGGUAAAGAGUCUGACAAACAUGGCCCUGAAAUUGGUUGCGUUUCUGCUGCUGGUUGCUCUGGCAACGAGCUAUGCUGAGGUGAAGCCAUGCUGCUACCCCGACCAGUACGAGAUUUCUACAGGCACCCAGGCUGGCCUGAGUCACCAGGGCCACGGCACCGGUUACAGCGUUCAUUCUACCUCCGCCGUGGACGCUUUGGACAAGAAAGUCGGCGAACGUGGCACCUUCUACGCAGAGGAUGGAACGCCUUACGAAUUCCAGACCAUCAAAGACUACGGCAUGGGUGUUGAGUACAAGAUUGACCCCACACACAUGCAUUGCGAAACAGUGAAACUGGAGGGUACCAUGACUACAUGUGUCGGCGACAACGCCACCUAUUCUUCUUCCAGUUACCUUGGCAACAACGCGCUGACCAUCGACUGCUUUAUCUACUUCUUCAACUACGUGGGCUACGUGGUUGGACAGCAAACCGUGUCUGUCACCCAAGGUGACUGCCUGCCGACUAGCUACAGCUUCUCCGGCUCCCUCGGAGGGGGCAAAGACAAAACCGACAUCCUGACUACUACUGGAUUCUACAACUACGUGGCUAGCAUCUCCGACCCAAGCAAGUACUUCGAGGUGCCCGACUACUGCGCUUUGGACAAGGCUAAGAGCUCCGAGAUGUGGGAUAUGCUCCGCUACAAAGACAUUCCCUUCAAGUUUUAAGUGCGCCGGACAGCUUCAAUCCAGACGACUUCGGAAUGGAAUUGACGGUUGAGAAUCCCCAAACAUUUGCAAGGGGUUUGAACAAUAAUGAGUCCCUGUUUAAAUUUGAUGGCUCGGUAGGUUUAAAAACUGCACACUGAUUUCCCUGUUUUUUUCCUCAAAGUACCCGUUACCAAAUAUUAAUUCCAAAUAAAUAUUUUACUUAGUGGUUUUAUGUUGUUGUUUUUUGGGAGAAGUUUUCCAUUUUAAUUAAUGUCGGUCAAUUGAAAUUAAUUUUCUUUGCGUUCCACACAAAACUAUUUUCCCCAAAGAGAAAUUUGUUGAGAGUUCUUGCAGCUGAUUAAUGUUUAAUGUUGCUAAGAGAGCAAAAAAGUGAUGUGCCAAAAGUAAAUUUUCAUUAAUUCCGAACUCUGAAUAAAUUAUUGAGGCUGACAAGUGAGGAAGAUUAUACAAGCUUGGGCAGAAAUUCCAUGUAGACAUGUUUUAAAGGUAAUUAAAUUGAUUAAUUAAACAAGGUGGAAGUUAACAUUUGGAAGUGUGCAUUUUAAAUCCUGACUCAACGACAUUUAAACAGGGAUGUUAAUAUUAAGACCACGCGGUAUAUUUUUUUGCGCUCGCACGUAGUUAAGUUUCGCUUUUUAUAGUUAUUUGGAGACGAUUCAACUUGUAUCCAGCUUUUUUUUGUCUCGGAUGAUCUUCAAAAAGGUUAAUGGCAUUUCCCUGAGAAAAAGGGAUCUUUGAGAAAUUGUUAAUUUUUUUGGAAAUUACAGUUUUGAGAACCUGGCGAGACUGAGUUUUUUUCAUCAAGGGGUGUUAACAUUUCUUCUCCGUUGCCUAGCCUAGAAAGGUCGCUUGUGUUUACUACUAUAUAUGCUUGCUUUAAGUUUUAUUCUAAUGGAUUUAAGAACAAGUACUCUGCCGAUGUCCCUUUUUAGGUUAAGACCUUUGCUGUAAACGCAAACUUACUUGAUGAAAGUCAUUGCAUGUUUAAUCCGAACAACCCAAGCAACAGCAGUUUCAGCAAUGAAGCAAGUUCAAACUUGUUGAGCAAUUGGUCAGAAACCGUCAAGAACCAGAAAAAUAUAAAACAAUAUGGUCGACGCUAUGUUCAGUAACAAUGACUUAUUACUUAAAAAAAAAAUAAAGAAUUUAAAUAUUUCUGCAGGACAAUCCUAUUUCUUCAAAAUGAUACAAACGAUUUUUGUAACGGAUUGAAUGUUUGUUCAGGCAUUUGCAAGAUUGAUGAUUUACUUUGACUUUCAGAAUUCUGUUUCUUGUAUGGCUAGAAAUGUUUUUACAGACAUUGUGUGUAGUUUUCCUCUAAACAUAAACAUCUAUUUUUUAUAAUUCAUUGACUUUGCAAAUAAAGGUAGUUUAGUUCAAAAAAACGUUU